GAUGGGUUGAUUGAAUAUGUAACCCUUACUUAAGAUAUCCUUCCACCCUGCUAAAACAAUUGUGCAAAGGGUUCACAAUUUCAUAUAAGAAAGCAAGAUUUCUGUAACUUAGGGCUUAUGGGUCUUUAUGUUGUUUUCUCUGCUUGGUUGCAGAGUAUGCGUACACCCUGAAGGUGGACGAGAAGAGCGAUGUGUACAGCUUUGGAGUGGUGCUGCUGGAGUUGAUAACAGGGAGAAGGCCGGUGGGCGAUUUCGAGGAAGAAGGGCUAGACAUUGUGCAGUGGACGAGGAUCCAAACCAACUCCACCAAAGAGAAAGUGUUGAAGAUCUUGGAUCAGAGGCUGUCCGAGAUCCCUUUGGUCGAAGCCAUGCAGGUGUUCUUUGUGGCAAUGUUGUGUGUCCAGGAACACAGCGUGGAGAGGCCAACCAUGAGAGAAGUGGUUCAAAUGCUUGCCCAAGCCCAAAAACCCAAUACUUUCCAGAUGCAGUAGGAGUGUAGGACUGUUUUCUUUGUCUUGGGAGGGAGUUAAUCAAGAGGGCUAAGUAAGUGGUCGCAUACGAUCCAUCCAUGGAAGUAACAGUAGUAGCAGAGCAAGUGUGUAUAUAUAGAUAUAUAUUCGGUUUUGAUUAAGUUGUUUUUGGGUGUGUUUUGUGAUAUUAUCAUUGGUGUAGCAAUUGUUGAAAGGGAAGCUUUUAUGUGAGUUUUAGAGUGUAUGUCAUUUCUUAAACAGGGGAAUUCAUAAUUUUUGAAGGGACGUGUAAUGUAAUGGAAUUCUGACGGAGAUGAAGGUAGUAUAUGGAAGAUGUGAUUUCAAAAGCAUUCUUCUUUCUUCUUUAUCAUCUCCCAAAGUUCCAUUGUUCAGUAAAUAAGUAAAUUGCGUCGAUCAAAUCCGUUUUCCUUUGGCGAAGAAAGCUGAGAUUGGUCAACAAAUGCUCUGUUCUGAACGUGAAAACAGAGUGCCAUGCGUGCAGUUUUGCUCGAACUUGAGGAAGGAAAGCUCUUUUUGGCUUUUAGUCCAAAACGGCAGCUUAUUUAGAGUUUUGAGCUUGAGCUGUGUGCGAACCGAAGCAGGCUUCUGAUUUGUAAAGACUGGGCCCAACUUACAUCAAAAGCCCACUUUUAGUUAACACCACCCCGUCGUUUCCGUCCCCAAAACGUCGAUUCCCAAACCCUAAAUCAGUUCCUCCGCUCGUCUCCACCGCCAAAUCCCAUCUUCUCUCCGCCCCUGCGGCCCAUGAAUUAGGUGACAGUUACAAUGGAAGGAAUUGGGUGGAAGACAGCGCAGAUCCGAUUGGUGAGCUCGCACCCAGAGGUAUACGAACCCUGCGACGAUUCCUUCGCCCUCGUCGACGCCCUCCUCGCCGAUCGAACCAACUUGCUGCUCCACCGCCCGGCCAUCUGCCUCGAGGUCGGCUGCGGCAGCGGCUACGUCAUCACUUCCCUAGCCCUAAUGCUCCGCCGCCAGAUCCCCUCCUCCGCCGCCUACUUCCUCGCGACCGACAUCAACCCUCACGCUCUCAGCGUCACCGGGGAGACUCUGGCGGCGCACGGGGUCGAGGCGGAGCUGCUCCUCGCCGACAUCGCGUCGGGACUCGAAGACCGUCUGGCCGGGAAGGUGGAUCUGAUGGUCGUGAACCCGCCCUACGUGCCGACACCCGAGGACGAAGUCGGGGCGCCAGGAAUCGCGGCGGCUUGGGCCGGCGGAGAGAACGGGCGGAGGGUGAUCGAUCGGAUACUGCCGGCGGCGGAUAGGCUGCUGUCGAGCAGGGGAUGGUUGUAUAUGGUGACCCUGACGGCGAAUGACCCUUCGCAGAUUUGCCGAUUGAUGGGGAGGAAAGGGUACGCUUCGAGGAUCGUGGUUCAGAGAUCGACGGAGGAGGAGAACCUUCAGAUCAUCAAGUUCUGGCGGGACGCCGAUGAGGAAUCCGCCGCCUCCUCGCCGACUACGAUUGCCGGGAGAGUGAUCGAGUCCUUGACUUCACAUUUGCCUCGAUUGUCGUCGUUUCGGGGGACUCAUUAGAGAAUGGUUGAUUGAUUGAUUAAAGAGUUUGAAUGAUGAGAGAUUUGAUAUUUGCAAUCUGUUUCUUUGAGAUUUUUCCAAAGUACACUACUCUUAAAAAAAAAUCUCAAAAAUACAAUAAUUCAUAAAAUUUGACAAUUUAUACAUGUUUUGCAUUUAUUGUUUUAGAUAAAAGCGAUUUUCCUUCCAUUGCAAGUGAGAAAAGCGAUAAACCUUUGCAUGCAUU